CAACGUUUGUGACGGUUUCCUUCGGUUGAACCCGAGUUUGUCAACUUUGUUUGUAAAAUAUCACGUUUGAUGCCAAAAAUAAGCUCAGACACAUUAUGGGAGCUGGCUGCGGCGGAGGUCCGCAAUCGGGAGAGCGGAGGCGGGGAGGAGGACGGAGGAGAGACGGUCAGCGAAAGGACCGUGUUUCUGAUGGGGAGCAAGUCUGGGGGUAAAACAUCCAUUCUCCUCAGGUGCCUCGACAGGGAUGAAUCAUCCAAGUCAACUCUGGCGCUGGAGUACACUUUUGGCAGACGGGCUCGAGGACACAGCACACCCAAAGACAUAGCCCACCUAUGGGAGCUGGGAGGAGGGACCUCUUUGUCAGACCUGGUCCAGAUCCCCAUCACUCCUGUCAGCAUCAGGUCUCUCUCUGUCAUCCUCAUUCUGGACCUGUCUAAACCCAAUGCCCUGUGGGGAACCAUGGAAAAGCUGCUGCAGGCAGCACAAGCUCAGUUGGAGAAAGUCUCUUCCCAGGCACAGCAAGCAGAGAAGGCCAAAGCUGCAGCCAAACACCAGACGCCUGUCCACUCAGCAGCACGUGUCUUACCUAAAGACUAUCCUGACAGAGAGCUGAUCAGUCCCUUUCCUGUUCCUCUGCUCAUCAUUGGCAGCAAGUAUGACAUCUUUCAGGAAUUUGACUCUGACAAGAGGAAAGUGGUUAGUAAAACGCUGCGUUUUGUCGCCCAUUACUACGCAGCCUCUCUUAUUUUCACUAGCAUCAAGACGGAGAGCCUAAUGUCAAAAACCAAGAGCUUCUUCUCCCACCUGGCUUUCGGUCUGGACAGAGGGAAAACUGUGUCCUGUGACUCCACCAAGCCUCUCAUCAUUCCAGCAGGUUCUGACUCCUUCAGUCAAAUAGGUUCUCCUCCUGCUACUGAUGUGGACAUAACUUCGCUACAUGCCAAAAACCCCAAGGAUCUCUGGAAGAAAGUCUACGAGCGUGUCUUCCCCCAAGAGAAUACCAGUGAGCGGAGGGAACUAAAGGAUCCAGCCAAAGACCCACAGUACAGUGAGCCUCAGAUUGACGCCAUGCGAGCCCAGAAAGACCAGGAGUUGGAGCAGUAUAAGAGAAAUGCAGCUAAGUCAUGGAAAGGACUGGAGCUGGAGACCUGACAGAUAAUCAGCUUUAUGUUCACGCACAUACACCACACAUUAAUGUACAUAUACACAUUGCAUUAUUUAUUUACUGGUGUGUCAUUGCAUUUUGUUUUUUUUUCUACUUAUUCAAAAAAUCAUACAACUUGUACAUCUGUAGUGACGUUUUCUUCAAGCUAUUUUUAAACACUACAAAACUACUUGUACAGUGUACUGAUGCUAAAAUGUGUCCUAGAAAAAUAAACAAUUUUACAUUAUUACAGGAGGCAUCACUUUCUAUUAAUAACACAUUGCGAUCACAGUUUUUAAACAAUAAAGGAAUAGAUGCAAUACAUGAGCAGCAUUUUAAUGCCUAGAAUGUGAAUAUUGCUCUGGUACUUCAUGAUAGACAGAAGUUUGUCAGUCAGUUUUUGCAUAAACUUUACACAAAAAGCAUUAAUUUGACAACAGUGCAAAUAUUAUUUGUUCUAUUCAGAAACUGUUUGUUUAAACUAUACAGAACCACAGAGCCUUAGGUUGAAUCUGUUAGUUGCUUGGUUGAUUUGUGGUGCUUUUUAGCACUGGAACCACUCGGUGGUUUUGCUGUCAUAUCAGAUGGUUCAAGUCCCAGUCAACACACAUUAACCCAGCUGUACUGCACACCUUGCACCCUGCACUGGGAUCUUUUUUUGAGAAACAGAAGCUCUUUGUACUGUUACAAUUGGUCUUAGCUAUACAACACUUCAUGCUUUAAAACUUUAUGGUAAGUGCUUACAUAGAAAUGUAAUAUUAGAGGAAAGUACAAACACAGAUGAUGUACUAGCAGGAGCAGCAGUACUUUAGCAUACCUCAUCCUCUGUGAAUAACGUCAUUCUGUAAAUAUAUGUUCUGAAUCUGUUUUGUGUCAUCUGAACCAAACUCACUUCAG